AUGAUGGAUGACUCGUGCCUCUCCAACUUAGCACCGCUGCUUGUCCAGGUCCAUGCGAUGCCAACGGGUGCGGUCAGUGGCGAGCGCAACCACAAGACGACCAAGCGGGUCGCCUCGCAAAAGUGCUCCCGCAUCGGCUUUUGCAAUGCCCAGCGUCAAGUCGCCAUCGCCUUUAAUGGCAAGCAGCUCGCACGCGUCCACAGCACAAACCAAGGCCCAGAUGAUGAAGAUGACACAGAGGAGAACUUUCCGUUCGUCGAGGACAGUACAGUGUAG